UACAGCCCUGGUGAGUGGCAGGGAGGGCGAGCACUGCGGCUGAUGCUAGGCUGUUCCUAGACGGACAUACCCCCCACCCCCCCCCAGCACCCUGCAGCUUGCUGCAGGAUCAGAGCCCGCCGGCGGCUGGAGGGGUCUCUCUCUGUCCCGGGGGGGCCGCUGCUGCUCCCCCUCCCUCGCCCAGGUGGCCAGUGGGCUGCACCGCAGCCCCGUGAUGGAGGCACCAGCCCGCCGAGGCGAUUGGUCUGCAAAGCGGUGACGUCGUGGAGCACCAUCACCUCCUCUUCCCCAUCAUCAUCAUCAGCCCCCCCCCCCGGUCCCCCCUCAGGCCCAUCUUCAGCUUCCCGGUCUCCCCCUCCUGCGCAGGCAGCUGAGCGCACAGCCCGGGCGAGCGGAUUUGUACAAACCAGAGAGCAGCAGGAAAAGGGAGAGACGAGCCCCCCCCCCCCCCGAAAGGCACCAGGGCAUCAUGGCACCCAUUGGGCUCAAGGCUGUGGUUGGAGAAAAGAUCAUGCAUGACGUCAUCAGGAAGGUGAAGAAGAAGGGCGAGUGGAAGGUGCUGGUGGUGGAUCAGCUCAGCAUGCGCAUGCUCUCUUCCUGCUGUAAAAUGACCGACAUCAUGACGGAGGGGAUAACAAUUGUGGAAGACAUCAACAAGCGCCGAGAGCCGCUCCCCACCUUGGAGGCCGUGUACCUCAUCACCCCAUCUGAUAAGUCUGUCCAUUCACUCAUCAGUGACUUCAAGGAUCCCCCAACUGCCAAGUACAGGGCUGCCCAUGUCUUCUUCACUGACUCCUGCCCCGAUGCCCUGUUUAACGAACUGGUGAAAUCUCGUGCGGCCAAAGUCAUCAAGACCCUGACAGAAAUCAACAUAGCCUUCCUUCCCUACGAGUCCCAGGUUUACUCCUUGGAUUCUGCUGACUCUUUCCAAAGCUUCUACAGUCCCCACAAGACCCAGUUGAAGAACCCAAUGCUGGAACGCCUGGCGGAACAGAUUGCCACCCUGUGUGCCACCCUGAAGGAAUAUCCUGCUGUCCGAUACAGAGGAGAUUACAAAGACAAUGCCAUGCUGGCCCAGCUCAUCCAGGACAAACUGGAUGCCUACAAGGCUGACGAUCCGACCAUGGGCGAGGGUCCGGACAAAGCUCGCUCCCAGCUCCUCAUUCUGGACCGUGGCUUUGACCCCUCAUCCCCUGUGCUGCAUGAACUGACUUUCCAGGCGAUGAGUUACGACCUGCUGCCCAUCGAAAAUGAUGUCUACAAGUAUGAAACAAGCGGCAUCGGAGAGGCCCGGGUGAAAGAGGUUCUCCUGGAUGAAGACGACGACCUCUGGAUCACCUUGCGCCACAAACACAUUGCAGAGGUGUCCCAGGAGGUCACCCGCUCGCUAAAGGAAUUUUCUUCCAGCAAGAGGAUGAACACAGGCGAGAAGACCACGAUGAGGGACCUGUCCCAGAUGCUGAAGAAGAUGCCCCAGUACCAGAAAGAACUCAGCAAGUACUCGACUCACCUGCACCUGGCUGAGGACUGCAUGAAGCACUACCAAGGCACCGUGGAUAAGCUCUGCCGUGUUGAACAGGACCUGGCUAUGGGCACUGAUGCCGAAGGGGAGAAGAUCAAGGACCCCAUGAGGGCCAUUGUCCCAAUCCUGCUGGAUGCGAACGUCAGCACCUACGACAAGAUCCGCAUCAUCCUGCUUUACAUCUUCCUGAAAAACGGGAUCACCGAGGAAAACCUGAACAAACUGAUCCAGCAUGCUCAAAUCCCACCGGAGGACAGCGAGAUCAUCACCAACAUGGCCCACCUCGGGCUGCCCAUCAUCACAGACUCUACCUUGCGUCGCAGGAGCAAGCCGGAGCGGAAGGAGCGGAUCAGCGAGCAGACCUACCAGCUCUCGCGAUGGACCCCGGUUGUGAAGGACAUCAUGGAGGACACUAUUGAGGACAAACUGGACACCAAGCACUACCCCUAUAUCUCCACUCGCUCCUCGGCCUCCUUCAGUACCACUGCAGUCAGUGCCCGCUAUGGACACUGGCAUAAGAACAAGGCCCCCGGUGAGUACAGGGCUGGCCCUCGCCUCAUCAUCUUCAUUCUGGGGGGCGUGAGCCUGAGCGAGAUGCGCUGCGCCUACGAGGUGACGCAAGCAAGCGGCAAGUGGGAGGUGCUAAUAGGGUCCACUCACAUCCUCACCCCGCAGAAACUGCUGGACACGCUGAAGAAACUGAAUAAAACAGACGAAGAAACCAGCAGUUAAAACAAAACAAAGCAAACAAAAGGACGACGACUCCACCUUCCUGGCUUAUGGCAGUCCUCCCGUUGGCUGUCCCGCUAACCGUUACUUUGCUGAGCCACGGCUCCAUCCCCAGCCCCGAGCUUUCUCCCUGUUCUUGUUUCUAGAAACCUGCCCACCCCCACUUGCCCCUCAUUUUAAGCAAAAGUGUUUGUGUUGGGGAGCGGGGGGCGGGGAAGCGGACACAAAAUGCAUUGUGUUUAAAAAAAACAAACCCCCUAAAUGCAAAAAUAUUUAUGCUCUAUGUAUGUAUCCCAAAACCCCAAACCAAACUCAUUUUCAAAUAACCCAUUUACCCAUCUCUAUAGAAGAAUUUUCCAAAGCGUUUUUCCAGGCUGGAUGGAUGCACAUGAAUUAUUUACAGCGAUGUGUGCUUGUAUCUAACCAGAUGCAAACACAACUGCUCCAUAUAGGGAUUUGCUCGAAUAUGGACUUGGUAGAGUUCUUUCCAUUACUGCUGUCUUUGGGGUUUUUUCUCCAUUUUUUUGGGGGGGGUGUAUGUGAUUCUUAAAGGUGCAGUUAUUUUGUGUUUCCUGCAGGAAUAUGUUAAAUUGGGGGUUACCCAUAAUUCCAGCAAACCUGUCCCCAAAUCUUCUGCGGCAUCCUCUGCUGACAGAAGUUGACCAGCUCUCCCCUCUCCCCCAGCAAGGUUCAGGUGAGCACAUCUGGACAGAUCAAUCAGAUUGCUGCUGGGAGGGGUGACCUCUUGCUUUGCAUGCGUAGGUGGGGCUUCUGAGAACAGCCAAUCAGGACUUUGUUUGGGAGGUGGGGGUUAGAUUUGCACGUACCAAUAGGGUGACCAGACAGCAAAUGUGAAAAAUCGGGACAGAGGGUGGGGGGUAAUAGGAGCCUAUAUAAAAAAAAGGCCCAAAAAUCGGGACUGUCCCUAUAAAAUCGGGCCAUCUGGUCACUCUACGUACCAAUCAGCUCAUUGGUCUAGCUAGGCUGGUAGCCUGACUCUGCAGGUGGCCAUUGCUUGAUGUUUCAGAGGAAGGGGUAAAAGCCAAACAGUGCACAGCGCUGAUUGGGGGGGGGGGGGGGGUAGAGCUGGGGGAAAUGGCUGAGCUCCGGUCAAUGAUUGGGCAGUUGGGACUAGAGACUAGCCCCCCCUCCCAAGCUUUAAAUUGGGAUUCUAGGGUUAUUUUGCAGACAGAAAGAAGGGACAUUUUAACCCUACCUCUCACCACAAAAUAACACCCCCUAGAGGCGGAGCCCAAACCUGCUGGUGCCCAGACAUCCUUGCUAGUUAGGGCUGCACUAUACUGCAUCCUUUAUCCAAUGGUUUAAACCUUUUCCUACCUAGCCUGAGUUUGGCAUAUUCCUUAAAGAAAAAAAAUAUAAAAAUAUAUCUGUAUACAGACAUAUUUUUGUUAAACGUGUGGGGUCAAAAAAGUCUCUCUUUGCUUGCAAAAAAAUUAAUGAAACCAAGGCUGUUUAUAUCUCCGUAUUGAAGUUAAAAAAAAAAAAAAAGAAUAAAAAAAAUAAGCUAAAGGCCGUCACCUCCUCGGUUUCCUCUUGAGAUCCCGUCUGCACUGGCCCUAGUAGUGCCUCCCCCGUUCGUUUCUGCUGUUGUCGUCCAGUAGUGAAAUGUUCAUGACUGUGGAAAUCGCCCAAACUCUCCCAACCCAGCCUCCCCGUGUCCCUCUCUCACAGCGGACUGUGUGUAUAUUAGUUACGGUGUCUUGUGAUGUUCUUACAAGCUUGGCGUACAGUGGGUAAACUAGACCUUGUUACUUUUCUUCAAAUUAUUUCCUUUUCCUUUCGCCCGCCACCUCUGCACUGCGAUAGUUUAGGGGUCCUUCCCCCCGCCCCAAAAGAAUUGAACCCCUCCUCCCACCCUGCCCUUCCCAAAUAGAUCUCUCGGUUUCAUAGGUGUUUCGAUUUUUUCCUUGUCAUCUCCCCUGUUCCUGGCCCAUAACAUUAGAUAAGGGCAAAGGCUGUAAACAUUUGCACUGAUAUUUGUUCAUUAUCUCUUACCCCUUCCCCUCCUUUUUAUUUUUUUUAAAUUAGCGUUGUACCUGAUUCGGGAUCUUGUCUGUUGGACAUUUAUUGCUUUUUUCUGUUACAGUUAUUUAUAUAAACAAAUAAUUUAUCAAAAAGGAAACAUUUUAAAAGCAUCUUGUCUUGGAACUUGUUUACCUAGAAACUUACUGGAAUCUUAAGUGUUUGAAAAGUGUUGAAGCACAAACAUAUAUCAUCUCUGUAUAUCUGUUCUUCUGUACGAAAGCACUCGAGUCAAUAAAUAAAUACGCUCCCAUACAUGGUGCAA